AACUUAACAUCAUGUAAACUGUCUACUCCCCACUUGAGAGUUCGCACAGGUUCGUUUCUAGUCUCUUCCCAUAUCUGACAUAUUUCUCCACACGUGGCAAACACGGGAUCUUUUCGAUGAUGUGACAAUCCAGUUAGCACGGUCUGUAAUUUCAAUAAUUUCAGUUCCAGACGCCCAUAUUACUUUCUAAAUUCCCGCCUUGACUGGAUGCCAUUGAAUCGUCAUAAUAAGAUAAACUUCCGUUAAUAGCAAUAUAACUCUGGUAUAACAAGAUGUGAUAAGACGGUCUUCCAAGUUCCAAAUACCACUAGCACUCUGCUCUCCACUGUGAUAAGAUUAUUCUCCAAUAAGCACACACGCGGUACUAAACAAAAUCAUGAGCCGAAAUCCUGGUAUAGAAUACAAAGAUAUGGAUUGGGUGAAUUAUCUGAAUGAGCCAGCAAUAAAAAUUAAAGCUAACGAGAUAGCUCAAAAGGCAAAUGCUAUCAAUGGUUGCAACCGAGUAGCAUGGCUACUUAGAGCAGUAACAUGCAUAGAUCUGACAACUCUGGGUGGUGAUGAUACUUUUGCGAGCAUUGAAAGACUCGUUAAAAAGGCUGUAAAUCCUCUCGAUUUACCAUUUGAAUGGUCUAGCCAAAUAUCUACUGCCGCAGUAUGUGUUUAUCCUCAACGAAUCGGAGAUGCUGUUGUGACUUUAAGGAGUCUUGACGCGGUGAAAAAUGUCAAAGUGGCAAGCGUUGCUGCUGGAUUUCCAAGCGGUCAAUAUUCACUCGAAACCCGUCUGCAUGAAAUCCAUUAUGCUGUGUCAUGCGGAGCGAAAGAGAUAGACGUGGUAAUAAAUAGAACUUUGGUUCUAUCUAAGCAAUGGAGAGAGUUAUAUUAUGAGAUACAGAGGAUGCGACAAGCUUGUGACAAGGCACAUUUGAAGACUAUUCUGGCAACUGGCGAGCUCUUUGAUUUGAAAGACGUUUACUAUGCUUCUAUGAUUGCAAUGAUGGCUGGAUCAGAUUUCAUAAAAACGUCAACUGGAAAAGAGACUGUCAAUGCAACUUUACCCGUGGGUGUGACAAUGUGCCGAGCUAUCCAGGACUACUAUAAAAUGUCAGGCAAUAAGUCCAUAUUUUCAGAUCGGCUUCAAGCCUGCUGGAGGCAUCAAAACCUGGAAAGAAACUCUACAGUGGCUGACAUUAAUUAAAGAGAUGCUAGGAAAUGAAUGGCUGAACAAUGACUUAUUCAGAAUUGGAGCAUCCAGUGUGCUUAGUGAUAUAUCUGAUGAAAUUCAAAGAUCUUUAGAUGAAUGCAAGAAUGCUUAAAUCUCUUGCU